AAGCAUGGAAGCCCAAGAAGUUCAGAAUCCUUUCCUUAUUCCAAAUAUAGUGAAAACCUUGGGUCGUCAUGUCUCUCGCUCACAACUCCUUGUAUUCCUUCGUGUUUGUAGGACAUGGCAUAUUGCUCUUGAGCCUUUAGUCUGGCAUACACUAGCACUGCAAAAUCAGCCUUGCAAUUUUACGCCAAAGCAGGCAACACCAACGCUGCUGCUCCGUAAUCGUCAUCAUAUCCGUCAUUUUCAUCAGGUCGGCUCUAAUUCUCUAUUGGAGCCUUUAGCGUUCUCGACAAGACAGCCUCUCAUGCUGCUGACUAGCAUUUCCGUCUCUAUCCUCAGCCCUGAGAUCCUGAUGAUUACACAACACAAUAUCGAGACGCUAACCUCGUUUAGCUGUCGCUCCAAUCGUAUGCGAAAGGACCAGGAGGCGCAAGAUUUAUGGUGCCGUCACCUAUUUCAUAUCCUUGGAAUGGCCCCACACUUAGCCGAGCUAGCUCUUGGACCAGUGACUCUAUUGGACCCUCCAAAGAAUCUUUUCAACAAAGUAUGUAAGACCGUCAAGCGGUUAGAAUUGGAUCGUAUCAAGGUCACUGACCGCUCUUUGUACUCCGACUCUGUUGAUCCUGAGGACAUUUCAAUGAGUACUUUCGUAAGCCUGGAAGCCUUGAUCCUUAUUUGGAAUGAUUUUCCACCCCAAUGCCAACUUGAAUUGGUCAGAAAGGCUCCUAAACUCAAGUCAAUCAACUGGCGGCGUGGUACUAAGCUGUUGACAGAGUCGUGGCUUUCAGGGAGUUUAGCGGUCCCUGUGAGCCUAAACCGACUGGAUAUUGGAAACUCCCAUAUAGAAGAUGCGGAUAUGGCUAGAGUCAUUGCAAUGUUACCUACAUUAGAGGCUCUCGGAGCAAGAUCGACACCAUUUGGCACACAAUCGGCGCUUCAAUUAAUAGCUGAUCAGAGGGACAAGAUGUUGGAGUUGGACUUAAUGGACUGCAAAGAUCUAGGCAGUAAGAUGAUCCAACGGAUGUUGGCUUCCAUGCCUAGACUGAAAAUAUUUCGCGCGGCUAAUGUGGAGGCGAUUGAUAUUGCGAGAUCAUUCUAUGCGACUAAGACAGGCGCUAUACUAACGUCGUGGGCGUGCCUGAGUAUUGAGGAGCUAGAGUUAGUUAUUGCUGACCUCUGUCAUUCCCAAAAUGCAUGGCAUGAAGAAAUGCAAUCUUUGGUCUUUCAGCAACUGUCUAUGCUAGGCCGGAUCCGCGUGCUGGCCUUGCGUGCAAGCCCUGUCCUUUCUGCAGAAGAUAAUCACCUAUUGGAACUUACAUUAGAGAGUGGACUACGGUGGUUAGCAUCGCUAAAGCGCUUGUAUGAGUUAGAUCUUGGGAAUAUGCCAAUUAGAAUGAGCUCAGAGGAAGUUAUGUGGAUGGUUAAAGAAUGUCCUCAGUUGAGGACCUUGUCAGGAAAUGUAAUCAGCGCAGUACGAAAAAGCAGCCAGCUAAAACAGGAGUUGAAAAUAUUACGGCCCGAAAUUAAGAUUGUUGAAUAGUCCGAUUCUAUGCAGUUUUAAUAUGAUAGUGCAAAAUAUAUUCAAAUGAAAGCACAACAG